CAGAGCAGGAUCUCUCUCUCUCUCUCUCUCUUUUUCUGUUGGCACCACCCACACCCACUAGGGUUUAUGAUCUUUAUACCUGUUUCUCCAAAUGCAUUCUGCUUUAUGAUAAUCAAAUGUUGAAUCUUCCACCUCCUUUUUUUCACCUAAAUGUUGAAUGUUAAACUAAGAUGAGUAAGACUGAAUUAUCAAGGAUGAAGCCACCACUUGUUCCGUUGGCAACCCUGAUUGGCCGUGAGCUACGAAAUGAAAAAAUUGAGAAGCCUUUUGUCAAGUGUGGACAGGCUGGCUUGGCGAAGAAAGGAGAAGAUUACUUUCUAAUCAAGACAGAUUGCCAGAGGAUUCCUGGGGAUUCAUCAACACUGUUUUCUGUCUUCGCGAUCUUUGAUGGGCAUAAUGGUAUAUCCGCUGCAAUUUUUGCAAAGGAAAACAUACUAAGUUAUGUUAUGAGUGCGAUACCACAAGAUAUCAGCAGGGAUGAGUGGCUGCAAGCUCUGCCUCGGGCUCUAGUUGUUGGUUUUGUGAAAACUGACAUAGAAUUUCAGCAAAAAGGGGAAACUUCUGGAACAACAGCUACAUUUGUUGUGGUUGAUGGAUGGACUGUUACUGUUGCAUCUGUUGGAGAUUCCCGUUGCAUAUUAGAUACCCAGGGAGGUGUUGUUUCUCUUUUGACGGUUGACCACAGAUUGGAAGAAAAUGUAGAAGAGAGGGAACGAGUUACUGCCAGUGGUGGUGAAGUAGGAAGACUCAAUAUAUAUGGAGGCAAUGAGGUAGGGCCUCUUCGCUGCUGGCCUGGUGGAUUGUGCCUUUCUAGAUCUAUUGGUGACACAGAUGUGGGAGAAUAUAUUGUGCCAAUACCUCACGUUAAGCAAGUGAAGCUUUCAAAUGCUGGUGGAAGGCUUAUUAUAGCUUCCGAUGGUAUUUGGGAUGCUUUAUCUUCUGAUAUGGCUGCCAAGUCAUGUCGGGGUCUACCUGCAGAACUUUCUGCAAAGCUGGUGGUAAAGGAAGCUCUAAGGUCAAGAGGGCUGAAGGAUGAUACAACCUGCCUUGUUGUAGAUAUUAUUCCUUCGGACCAUCCUGUGUUACCAACAAUUCCAAGAAAGAAACAUAAUAUGCUUACUUCCCUUCUCUUUGGAAAGAAAUCUCUAAACUCUACAAACAAAACUACUAAUAAACUUUCUGCAGUUGGUGUUGUGGAGGAGUUGUUUGAAGAGGGCUCUGCAAUGCUUACAGAGAGGCUGGGUAAGGAUUUUCCAUCUAAUAUGAAUUCUGGGAUUUUCCGCUGUGCGGUUUGUCAAGCAGAUCAACCCCCUGGUGAUGAUUUAUCAGUGAACUCUGGGCCUUUUUUCUCUCCAGCAUCUAAGCCAUGGGAAGGUCCUUUUCUCUGCACAAACUGUCAGAAGAAGAAAGAUGCCAUGGAAGGAAAAAGUGGGAACAUGCAUGAUUCUACAUUUGGAUGGUGAUUGUCAUCGAUGAGUAAGAAAUGGUUUAUUGGAGGUUGUUGCAAGUUUGUUUUUGGCUUGCGCUCAGCUGUUGGACUGACUGACAGAACUUCAAUCAUGUUGUCUAGGGGAUGAGUUCUAUUAUUUUGAUUACUAACGGUUUGUAAGUAACUGACGCUUUCAUGGUUACAUCUCUGUAGAGUUGUCUUUUGAUAGUACACGUCUUGCUUCUAUAUCUUCUAUAUGUUGUGUGAAUGUGCUAGACAUCUCUUCCAUGCAUGCAUAUUUAGUUUUCUCCCAAAUUUCCAAA